UUGGCUUUAAGGGUCUAAAAAAACCCUUCAGUAACACGAUUGUUCGGAGAGUAGUAGAUGGCGGGAGUGAUCUCCGUGUGAUAUAACUGUGUUAGAUUAGUUUUUAAAUUUUUAGUGUAUAUUAUAGAAUAGUUAUAAAAAUGACUAGAGCUAAAAUAGAACUAGGCGAUGUGACGCCUCACAAUAUAAAGCAACUAAAAAAGCUAAACACAGUUGUAUUCCCCGUGUCAUACAACGAUAAGUUCUACAAGGAUGUAUUGGAGGCAGGUGAAUUGGCCAAGCUAGUUUACUACAAUGAUAUUGUGGUGGGCGCAGUUUGCUGUAGGAUAGACACAUCGGAAAACUCCCGGAGAUUGUACAUAAUGACGCUAGGGUGCCUGUACCCAUACAGAAGAUUGGGCAUUGGGUCUCUCAUGGUGGAACAUGUGCUCAAAUAUGUUGAACAAGAGGGCAAUUUUGACAGCAUUUUCUUACAUGUCCAAGUAAACAAUGAGGGUGCAAUAGAUUUCUAUAAGAAGUUUGGCUUUGAAAUUGUUGAGACUAAAGAGCACUACUACAAGAGGAUAGAGCCGGCAGACGCACACGUGCUACAGAAGACCAUCAGAGAACCUCAGAGCGCCCCCAUGUCCAACGGCACUGUGCCACAUGCCAAAACAAACGGGCAUGACUGAGCUUGUGAAACUCGGUAUGUACAAAAAGCUCUGAAAUUACCAUUGUAUGAUGAAAUAGUGCUAUGACAGGCUUCUUACAGUUAAAUUAUUGCUAGAUGUUGUGUAUUGUCUC